AUGAUUGUUCCAGCAAUGGAAGACGAAGACGAGGAUAGUCUCGAAGAGAUACAAAGCUGCUUCUCUUUAUUCGACAAACGUGGGGACAUGAAAGUAGAAUCUCAUAGAGUAAUAGAUGUCCUUCGAUCAUUGGGCCUUAACCCCCUCACAGAAGACGUGAACAAAUGUCUCAAAGAUUCCAAUCUAGUUGGUCACCGAAUUGAUUUCCCAACAUUUUACGGUAUUUUUCAACACAUUUGUCGGAGGCCAGCGCUGGGUACCUAUGAAGACAUGGUGGAAGGUCUGAGAUCGUUUGACAGGGAUCAAACCGGAUUGGUUUCCAGGGCAGAACUUCGCCAGAUCCUGCUUCACAUUGGUGACAAGAUGACCGAGGAACAGGUAUACGCAAUUCUUGCACCGCACGAAGGAGCAAGUGGCUCAGUUUCAUAUGAGGCAUUGAUACAAACUGUCAUGCAUUAG